GAUUACGAAGUGAGAGUAGUCAAGAUUAGUUUUAUUCAAGUUUAGUUUCUUUUUAUUUCAUCUCUAUUAAUGAGCCUAUGAGAGUCUUAUUUCGAAGAAGACUAGCUCCGUUAGUCACAGUGUCUCAGUCAAACAAUUGUGGCAUUACAAGGUCGUGUAAUGCGACAAAAAUUAACUAUGAAAAUUAUGACUACUGGACACUACAACAGACAGAUUCAACUGAGCCGAAAUGUACUCCAGGUAUCCAACCCUUCGAUGCAAGUAAUAGUUUACUAUCUCAAACUCUGACAGAAACAGAUUAUUCAAAUGAUAAUGAAUUAGCGAAUAUGAAAUGUUGUACCAUUGAGACAACUGAAGACUGUUCACAGAUGGAUGAAUUAAAAUCCUGUGAAGUAGAAGAUAAAUCAAAUUCUCUUGAUAAUGAAUCAUUAGAGACAACAUCAUCGGCAACAACAACAACAACAACAACUACAACCGCUGAAACAACAGACUGCUCUAAUCCUGAUCAGUUACAAAUACCUGGAAAUGAUGAAUCCCAUCACACAGACAAUCAUAACAAUACAGUGUCUAAAAGCAACGAACUCAGUAAAACACGAGUAGCACAAAGGAAAGUUUCGAAAUCAUCCUCUUUUUCUGUUACAACAAAUGUUGUUAGCCAACGUAAAUCAAUACAACAGUGUAAAACUGAACGUUAUCGUAGCGUUAUAGAAUCGCUUACAGGUGUUGGUAAAGCCAGUCAGCUAUCAGUAGAACGUUUAAAAGCAGCUAGAGAUGAAGUUGAGGAAGCUAUAAAAAGUCGAAAAAUAUUUUCAGUACUUGGUCCAUAUAAUCCUAUAAGACAAGCAUUGAGGACACGUGGUUGGGUUGAAAAAUUCGAUACUAAUAAUGGAUCCACAGGACAAAAUGCACAAGAGACGAGUAAAUCAAUGAGAUCUAUCAAUGAUAAUAAAACUUCACGAAGUUAUAAUUCCUUACAAAAUGAUACAACAAUGGAGGACUCUGAAGACGGUGAUUCAGACGAUGAUGUAACUGCAGCAAAUGAAGAAAAGCAACGCGUUCAACCAUGGGAGGAAGAUGACGGAUACUAUGGGAUAAUGUCCCGUAUGGUUCGUUCUGAAAUCCCAAGAUUUAUUUGGUCAUUACGUAAAAGUCAAGUGGAGUUUCGUUAUCUUCAAAAGGAUCAGAUGAUCAAUCAUCAUAGUGGUGCGCCGUUUACGACUAAGGUUGGUUUAUGUCGACAAUUGCGUAAUAUUAGAUGGUUUGCUGAUUGUGAUGCUGACAGAUUUUUUCCACGUUGUUUCAUUAUUAGUGAAGAAGAAGAUCGUCAAGCCUUCAUUAAUGACUUUAAAUUGACUGCUUGCAUAUCCUUGGUAAAAAUGAUCGCCAGCUUGACAGUCGAUAUCUAUCAGCCAGAAUCAGGUGAAACAGUUAUGUGUAAUGUUGAAGAUACUGUGGAAGCUACGAAUGUUGAUGGUGAUGGUGAUGACAGUCAUGAAGACAAUAAUAAAAUUGAUGUCAAUUCUUUGAAAAGUGAAAAUAUCUCAAUGAAUGAUUUAUACGAAGAUAGUGUUCUAUCUUUCCAAGAUAAUACAAUAUCGUCUAAUAAUUCAUGGGAUAUUGACUCACCACCGAAUGAUUCAUCAAAAAUAAUUCAAACACCAAACGAAAUUGUAAAUUUUGCUAUAUUUCAAUGUCAAGAAUUUCUACGAUUUAAGCACAAUGAUGAUUUGGAUAAAUCAAAAAAGCAGUUUCUAGCUCCGGAAUAUCCAUGGGAUAGAUUUCUGUCUUGGUAUUAUCACAUCGUAAAGACACCUCAAUUACUUAUGAAUGCUAAACAUCUCUCACCUCAUUGUCAUCAGUUGUGUAAACUGCUCAAAAAAUGCUGUCCACAAUUCGAUAUGGACGGGGUGCGCAAUGUAUGGAUUGUGAAACCUGGUGCUAAGUCAAGGGGACGUGGUAUUGUUUGUCUUGAUCGAUUAGAAGAUAUUUUGAAAAUUGUUCAAGGUACUGUAUUUCUUGCUGAAGCACGUUAUAUUGUACAGAAAUAUAUUGAACGACCAUUAUUGAUAUAUAAAACAAAAUUUGAUAUACGACAAUGGAUCUUAGUAACUGAUUGGGCACCAUUAACGGUAUGGUGGUAUCAAGAUUGUUACUUGAGAUUUUGUUCUCAAGAAUUCACAUUGGAUAAUUUCAGUGAGGCAAUACAUCUUUGUAAUAAUUGUAUACAGCAUAAAUAUAAAAAUGGGCCUAGAUCAUCUGAAUUACCAGAUGAAAAUAUGUGGACAUGGGAACAAUUUCAAACAUGGUUAUGUAAACAAGGACAUCCAAAUAUAUGGAAAGAAAAAAUUCAACCAUCAAUGAAAAGUGCUGUUUUGAAUGCAUUACUAUCUGCACAGGAAUUAAUAGAGCCUAGGAAAAACUGUUUUGGUCUGUAUGGUGCAGAUUUUCUUUUAACCGCUGAUGACUUCAGACCAUGGCUAAUUGAAAUCAAUUCAAGUCCGUGUAUGUCGCCAAGUACAUCUGUAACAGCUGUCUACACAGCUAAUGUUCUGGAGGAUACACUUAAAGUUGUUUUAGAUAGAAAAUACAGUCGAAACUCUGAUGUAGGACGUUUUGAACUACUGUAUAGACAACAUUUUCAUAGUUCAUCUAGCCUGUACACAGGGAUGGAGUUGUAUGUGACUGGUUCACGAAUUGUUAAACCACAACAACAACAACAACUGGAUAGUACAACUACAUCCCGUUGUUUUUGUUUGAAUAAAACAACACCCAAUCUUGAUCAACAGACAGUAUUAAUUCCAGAGAUCAAUAUCACUGCAACAUCUGUCAAUGAUAUUGGAACUUCUUCUCCUGUUGUUCUUGGUCAAAUCAAGUCACAUAUCAGGAAAGAAGUGAAAUCAUCAAAUCUACAAUCUGAUUUUACAGACACAAUAAAUAUCCAAAAAGAAACAAACCUUCUAUGGCCUACUGCUACGCAUAAACAGCAUGCCAUUCACAAAUCAACUCCAACAAAUCUGAAUGUUAAAGCUUCCUUGAAAUCAUUACAAAUAACUGGUGGUAAUUCACAGUCACAUGUUGCAAAAUUGAAAAAUGGAUUAAAAGACAAUAAUAAGAUAAAAUCCACUUCAAACAUUGAAUAUUUAACUGAAACUAUUGAACAUAAGAAUGAUUCAAUAAACAAAAGUCUUAUAAUAGGCACUGAAUCAAAAUGUCCACAGAAACCAUCAUCACAAGACGGAAUAGGUGUACUGAAUUCAUUGAUGACAAAGUCAGAUGAACAUUAUUUGACAGCAGGUGUUAAAAUUUCUCAUGUCUCCAGCCAAUCUAGUCAAUCACAAAUAAAUUUUAGGCAGAAAUGUGAACCUAUAGGACUGGAAAAAACCAGUCAUACACCUUUAUCCUCGACGAAUAUGCAAACAAAUAAUGAGCCGUCAUUAUUAGUGUUAUUACCGCAUAAAAUACAUAAAAAGCAAAAUUCACUAACUUGUUUAAAACAGAAUAAAGCUAAGUCAUCCAUUAAAACACAACGAAUUUCACCAACAAAUGAAAUCAAGACAGGUAAUUCAAAUAUUGAAACGUUGAACAACAUCACUGUGUCGAAUUCCGCUUCAUUUGACAAUAAACUCAAUAAAUCUUCAGAUGAUAUCAGAAAAUCUUCUCAUCAUCUUAGGCAUAAUGAAGAUAGUCGAAAACAAUCAAUAGGUAAAGUUAACGGAUGUAAUAAACUGCCAGCAAUUGUUACAAUGAAGUCGAACUCACCAAGCCGAUGUAGAAAGCAUCAAGUAACAAGUGAUCAUAAGACAAUGAAUAAGAUUCAUAAAAUACCUGGAUUUGUAAAUCGUGUUAAUAAUAAUAAAGUGAAAAUGAGUAUUAUACACUUUAAUGGUAAAAAUGUUAGCAUAGAUUAUGACCAUUCAUCAUUAUGCCACAAUGAUAUGCAUAGACAUUCACGUAGAAAGACUAUUAUAUUUCGUAAAUUAAAAAAUAUGAAAAUUUCAUCCAAUUUACAAAAAAAGAUAUCAGCUAAACAAUCACAGACAAAUCUUCAUGAUAUACAAUCAGCAUGUUUGAAUAAUCAGCAUAAUAAACCGCUGAAUUCGAAUAAGCUUAGUAAAGAUCAAAAUAUGGAGACUGAUAUGAGUAAUAACAACUUUAGUGAUGACUUCAUUUGCCAUAAUCAUACAAAUCCUAGUGAUGAUUGCGUUGAUGAUGACGACGAUGGUGAUGAUGAUGACAUCUUGUCAAAAUCAGCUCAAAAACAAAAUUCUAGUGAUUCUGGAAUUGAUGAUGGAAGUACAAACGAAUCGAAAUCUUCACACCUAUCAGACAAACCCCUUACGACUGCCAAAGAUAAUAAUAAUAAUAACAGCAAAGGGAUAUUUCAUGAUGACUCGUUGAACACUUCUACACAAUACACCCAAAAGGCUCCAUUUCCAAGCAAAAGUGUGACAAACAUGCAUCCUUGUAAAAAACUCAACUUAAAAUUCUUUACUCGUAACACAGUUGAUCAGUAUCAAAGAAAGUAGACAGACAGGGGAGAGGGGAAGUCAACUCUUUCUACGAAAAUCGCCUCAUUCAUUAAUUGAGUACAUUCUGUUUAAUUUACAACUGAUGUUCACUCUUCAGUCAAAUGUUUUCGUCUUUAUUUUUCUUUUUUUUCUUUUUAUUCCCUAGAUAGUUGAACUGUCUGUCCCCUUAGUCAUUGUAUUGCCUAAUUAAGCUCCUAUUUUUCAAAAAAUUUAAUUUCUUAUUUAAUAUAUUUGAGUAGUACAAAUAACACGUACACAGGUGGAAUUCAGACUACGCUCAGAUCAGAGAAUAGAUAUCUCAGAUGUCUAUACAACUACAAAUUGUCACUUUCAUAUUUUACUAUCAAUUAUUGUUAUUAUCAUUAUUUUACGAAACAUUUCUUUAGUUCAGUUGUAAUUUAUUUGAAUGAAUAUAUAUUUAUGUACCAGAGAUUUCAUCAUCGAUUUGAUAGGUUGAUAAAUAAAUAAAUAAAUAAAAGGAGGAAAUGGGAACAUUCCUUCACCUAAACAAAACAAAAUCAAUAGUAAUGAUAACGACAACAGCAACAACAACAACGAAAAGAACACAAUAGUUUACUUCGAUAAAUGAGCUGCAAUAUUAAUACUGUUUAAGUAAAUAAUAAUUUCUGUGUUGAAAAAUGUACUACUGACAAGUAGUCAGUUGAAAGGCAUCCUUCUUGUAGAAGUCUUUAUACAUUAUUGUUGAAUAGAAGAUUAUUUCGCUG